GCCUUGAAGGCGAUUUUAGAUCAUCUCGUUUUUAUUCGGGCUCGCACUUGUUCGUUUGUCUUCAGAUCUAUCAAUCGCAGUUAUCCAUGACUUGAAAUUUUCAUUCGAUUUGUCAAUUCUGUUUGAGAAACUGUUCGGAUACGGAUCGCGUUUUUGUCCUCUUUCAGUCUCAUUCGGUUCGAUCGACCCGGUUUAUCUUGGAAAUCACGUUUACCACUGCAUAAAAAUAUCAAAUUUACGGGAGAAAAUUUGAAAAACUUUCCAAUAAAAUUACCGCAAAUCAACUGAAGACAACGAAAUGUCCACCGUUCAAAAAUGCCAUGCCGAGGGUUUGCUGCAGCCACUACGAAGAUCAUCCCUACUGGCCGUGCGGCAACAACUGGUCGAGAAGAUUCCCGAUCAUCACGCAUUGAAAUCGCGCGGUUACCUCCUGGGGCGUCGCAUUGCAAAGGGGACCUUUGCAACGGUAAUGCGAGCAAAGUUCUACGAUCCAAAACAAGACAACGAUGGCUCGCAGACUCCGUUGGAACUGGCCUGCAAAAUCAUCGAUGAGAGCAAAUCGAAGGAUGAAGAUUUUCUAAAGAAGUUUCUACCGAGGGAAUUGCAAAUCCUUGAACGGAUCGAUCAUCCCAACAUCAUCCAGACACACAGCAUCCUGCGAAGAGGAUGCCGGGUGUUCAUUUUCAUGCGACUUGCCGAGCGAGGAGACUUGCUGAGCUUCAUCCGGAAAUAUGGCGCCCUUUCGGAAGAGCGAAGUCGCUUCUGGUUCUACCAAAUGGCAGAUGCCAUCCGGUACCUCCAUCGGUUGAAUAUUGCCCACCGGGAUCUCAAAUGUGAGAACGUGCUCAUUUCGAAGAACAUGAACAUCAAGCUGUCGGACUUUGGAUUCGCUCGCACCUGCAUCGAUGAAACCGGGGUGGCCUUGAUGUCAAAGACUUUCUGGGGAUCAGCCGCGUAUGCAGCACCGGAGAUCGUCAGUGGGAAAGCGUACAUCCCAAAAUCGGCGGAUCUCUGGUCUCUGGGAGUGGUGCUGUUCAUCAUGCUCAACGGGACGAUGCCGUUCGAUGAGAAGAACCUGAAAAAGCUGAUCAAAUGUCAACUGGCGAGGCAGUUUACCUUCCGGCCCCAAGUGGAAAAAGCCAUUUCAUUGGAUGCGAUACAGAUGGUGCGCUACUUGCUCGAACCGGAUCCGAUCGAUCGGAUCAACAUCGAUGAAGUCAUGCAGGAACGGUGGGAGGAAAAGUUGGUUUUUGAUGACAAUAAAAGUUAA